AAAACUCACAAUUUGCCAUUAAUGAACUUAAAAAAACAAUGAUUAGACAACUUGUUUCUUGUUGUUAUAUCAACUUCAUGAACUUUAAUUUCUGAGUUAAAACCAAUCAAAUUUUUAAAAUUUGCAAUAUUCAUUUGCAAGUUAAACCACCUUCAGAUAUUAUACAGUAAAGUGUGGUGCUCUGUCGGUGCUUGGUGGUGAGAGGCCGUCUUUCAAGAAAGCAGCUGUUCUUUGUUGUGAGGAAGCCAUAAAAUCAGGACCGGAUCAUCUGACAUGACGCACCAGAUGUGGUGCUGAUGCGAAUCAGUUUGGACAAUUUAUUCAAUCAGGUUUUAUCGCUUUUCUUUCUGGUUGUUACACAUUUUCUAUUUUACGAAGCAAGGAUUCUCAAAAGAACAUUCUUUUCCUUUUAGAUGAACAGUUUCUGAGGAAAAGUAAAGGAUUUCAGUCCUAACAUCACCACUUAUCUUUUGUGUGACAACAUGAGGAUGUUAAUUUUUCUGCUGUUAUGUGGCACUUCAUCACCUGAAAAACACUCGCUGACAGUUUUGGUUACUGCCUCUUCUGGACUCCCUCAUUUUCCAGACUUUGUAACCACCACCCAGGUGGAUAAGCUGCCAACAAGUUACUGCGACAGCAACAAAAAUAUUAGAGCAAACCCAAAAUAUGGUCAAAAAUUAAUAAACAUUGAGUCACAGAUUGCUGAUUGGUAUAUUGAACAAUGUUUUGAAAUAAUGUCUGAUUAUCUCAAGGUUAAGAUGGGAAUAUUAACGGACCUGAACCAGAGUGAAGCUGUUCACAUUUUACAGGUUAUUAUUGGCUGUAAAUGGGAGGAAAAGACAAAAGAAACCACCUCGUUUUUACAGUUUGGAUAUAAUGGAGCCGACUUCAUCAAAUUUGACCCAAAGAAGUUGACAUGGAUUCCUCAAACUCCCCAGGCUGCCAGCAUCAAACCAAAAUGGGAAGCUGAUGAAUCUACAUACCAUUUGAAGCGCAACAAGGACUUCUUAAAUCAAAUAUGCCCUGAUUGGCUGAAGAAAUAUAUGGCCAAUAACGAAGGCCCUCUGCAGAGCACCGUUCUUCCCUCAGUGUUUCUCCUCCAGAAGUCUCCUGACUCUCCAGUCAGCUGCUCCGCUACUGGUUUCUAUCCCAACAAAGCUGCGAUGUUCUGGAGGAAGGAUGGAGAGGAGAUUCAGGACGGUGUGGACAAAACAGAGAUCCUCUGUAACCAGGAUAACACCUUCCAGAUGAGAGCAAACAUUAAUGUUUCAUCUGUGAACCCUGAAGAUUGGGAAAGAUAUGAGUGUGUGUUUCAUUUGGUGGAUGUUAAAGAUGAUGUUGUCAGCAGACUGGAGAAAGAAAAGAUCCAAAGCAACUGGGGAAAGAUGCAGAAACAUAAUGAAGAGGAAAAGCCCAUUGGCAUGAUAGUUGGGAUCACUGCUGCAGGGGUUUUUGUUAUAAUUGUUGCUGCUGUUGGAUUUACAGUCAUCAAAAAUAGGAAAGCUCCCAUCAACAGCAUUGAAUUGUCUGAGAGACUCAAUCAAGAAACCAGACUGAAGUCAAAUCUGGACUCUAACAGUUAAAACAAGUUUAGAGCAGAAGAGACUAUUAUGUUCAGUAACUUUGAUUGAAUAAACCAAGUUUGCAUUCAAAACAUUUUGAGUUCUUCAUUGCAAGUCUGUAAAGAUGUAUUAAACUCUGCCUAAUUUAAGAAAACCAUUUAUUUUGUAUUGUAAUUACAUUGUAUUUUGUAUUGUAGUUGAAGGAAGUGUUUUUUUUCUAUUAAACAAUUUUUUCUUUGUCCGUGUAGCAAUGAAUUCAGCAUGCAAUAUUUUGAUUGAACAAAGUACAAAAAAAACCUUGUAAGUUCAAAAGUUGUCAGUAUUACACAAGCACAGGUAUUUUGAGGCCAUUUUCUCUCCAUGUGGCUGAGAGCAGCACAUCAACUGUUUUACAAACCUACCAGAGAAG